UCUUAAAAUCUGUGUGAGAGAACGAACACACUUCACCGGAGUUGGAACUAAGGUAAGCUUAAACUACAAUUCUUCGACUAAGCUCCGAACAUGUAAGUCGGAGAACCCCAAUUACCUGCUUAUUGAUUUCCUUUUAUUUCUUUCGCUAUAAUUUCGAUCUUUAAUUUGCAUUUUUUUUGAGGGGUUGUAGGGCUAUUAAACCCUUUAAUUUUUCAUAAAUGGAGUUUUCUGUAAGUAUGAUGGAGUAAUUAACUUGGAGGUGUUUACAUUGUUACUGAUGAAAUGAAACUUUUUUUGAUCAAUAAGAUAGUAUGCUUGUACUUUCUGGACUAGCAGAUGUUAUUAAGUGCCUCUUAGUCUUAGGAUUGAUUAAAAAUUCCUAAAACGUUUAUCAGCCGUCAGCAGUUUUACGAGCCUCUGUUCGGGGUAAAUACUUACCCGCACAAUGUGUUUACACCAAUCCAAUUCACUUGUCAUGGUUAAGUUUUUUACUCUGUUCGGAAUUAGUGAUCCUGAAUCCAGGUCGAAUAACACAGUUAAUGGCAUUUUAAGCAGGAGUAAUGUGUCCUUGUUAACUCUGUGCUGGUUUCUGUAGCAAUUGAAUGCUUAAUGCUUUGUAGCGUUCAGGUUUACAUUGCAACUUAUAUUAGUAUAUAUAGUUCCUUUCAAGAACUUGAGAACUUUGUCACCAACUCUCCUCGGGAAUGGAGAAAAUUAGUACUAAAUGGAAAUGUUAUCCCUUCAAAUAAGGAUAAACACAAGAAAACUUUUAGAUAAAAGACAUCCAUUAGUGUUUUCAUGUGUGCAGAUUUAAUAAGGAAACGGAAUUUUUCUAUCUUACUUUUAAAAGCUUGUUCCAAUCGAUUGAAAAUUUGGAACUGGUAGCUUAUUUUGUCAGACAGGAAACUGUAGAUUUAUUUACCGGCUCAGGAUAGUAAGAGCAGUUCGUCCCAGUAAUACUGUUUUUCUGGAUUAAUGGUAUUGCUUGGGUGAGCAUUUCCUGGUGGUUGAAUCGUAUCUGAAAUGUUUACUUGCUGACACGGUUAUCUUCGAGGCAUAUCUUAAAGUGUCACCAUGCCUCGUAAGGUAAAUUAUGGGGUUGAUUAUGAGGAAGACUUUUAUGACUAUGAAGAUUACAAUUAUGACUAUGACGAUGGACAUGAAUAUGCAGAGACAAAUGGAAGGGUCCCAGAAACAAAUACAAAGCAGGAAUUGGUCAAGGUUGGCAUCUGGCGUUGUUCCAUUUGCACAUUUGAUAACAGAGCUAGUAUGAAUGUAUGUGAUGUAUGUGGAAAUCCGAAACAAGAACCAGUUAAGGCUGGGGUGUGGUGUUGUCCCAUUUGCACAUUUGAUAAUGAAGAUACCACAAAUUUAUGUGAUAUGUGUGGCGUCCUGCGUAAUCCAUUGAUCAAAGGCGGCGGUGGCAAAGCUAGCGCAGCAACUAGCGACAAAGUCGUACAGUCAAAUGUCAGUAAAAAGGAAAUAGCUGGCGAAGUUAAAAAAGAAUUGGUUUCUGAAGAGCCUACUAGCCCUUCCACAUCAACAGCGAAGGUUAGACGUGAUAAUAUGAAGGAUAGAGGUUCUUCUAUAGAAACUAGAGGAUAUCAUGGCGUCAUGAGCAAUGUGGGCAGUAUGUCUGUAUCAUCAAAUCCUCGCAAUGCGGAGAGUAGAAUUGCACCUUCAAGAUCACAGACUAAACCUCAGAAAAUUGUAUGCACUGAUCAAUUAGAAGACAAACUGAACCAGCUAAAUCUUGCAAUCGUUGGCCAUGUUGAUUCUGGGAAGUCAACACUGUCAGGAAGACUACUACACCUUUUGGGGCAGAUAUCUCAGAAGGAAAUGCACAAAUAUGAAAAAGAGGCCAAGCAGCAAGGAAAAGGGUCCUUUGCUUAUGCCUGGGCUUUGGAUGAGAGUGCUGAGGAAAGAGAGAGAGGAAUAACUAUGACAGUGGCUGUUGCCUACUUUAACACAAAAAGUUACCGCGUUGUACUGCUUGAUUCCCCAGGCCAUAGAGACUUUGUCCCAAAUAUGAUAUCAGGUGCAACACAAGCGGAUGCUGCCAUUCUUGUAGUUGAUGCUUCAAUAGGUGCAUUUGAAGCUGGCAUUGAUGUUAGUGGAGGUCAGACAAGGGAGCAUGCACAACUUAUCAAAAGCUUUGGGGUGGAUCAGAUAAUAAUUGCUAUUAACAAAAUGGAUGUAGUGGGAUACUCCAAAGAACGGUUUGAUACAAUUAAGAAUCAACUAGGAACAUUUCUCCGGGCUUGUAAGUUUAAAGAUUCAUCAGUAUUGUGGAUUCCCCUGAGCGCCAUGGAAAACCAAAAUUUGGUGACAAGUCCUUCUGAUGCAAGAUUGUUAUCCUGGUUUCAAGGUUCAUGCCUUUUAGACGCCAUAGACUCUCUCCAACCUCCCCAGAGAGAUUACUCGAAGCCUAUAUUAAUGCCGAUAUGUGAUCUCGUUAAAUUACCCUCACAAGGACAGGUGUCAGUAUGUGGGAAGUUGGAGACAGGAGCUCUUCAAACUGGAGAUAAGGUUCUAGUUAUGCCAUCAAGAGAAAUGGCAACUGUGCGUUCUUUGGAACAUAAUUCUCAGGUUUGUAACAGUGCAAAAGCUGGAGAUAAUGUCACUGUUAAUCUACAAGGUAUAGAUGUGAAUCGUGUAAUGGCAGGGGAUGUGCUGUGCCACCCUGAAUAUCCUAUUGCUGUUACAAAUCAUUUGGAACUGAAGAUUCUUCUCCUGGAUAUUGCUGUUCCAAUUUUAAUUGGGUCUCAGUUGGAAUUUCAUGUACACCAUGUUAAGGAGGCUGCAAGAGUUGUGAGGAUUUUGUCCUUGCUUGAUCCAAAGACUGGAAAGGAGACCAAGAAAUCACCUAGAUGUCUUCUAGCAAAGCAGAAUGCUAUAAUUGAGGUAGUUUUGCAAGGUAUAAUUUGCGUUGAAGAGCAUUCUAAAUGUAAGGGUCUUGGAAGGGUGUCCCUCAGAGCAUCAGGAAGAACCAUCGCUCUUGGUCUUGUGACUAGAGUUCUAGAGAAGAAGGAAUAGAGAAAUUAUCACUGCUGGAAUGAGGUUUGACAUAUCCAGAAUCAGCUGGUAGAGGUAUACAUCAGUGAGGACCUUUAGCUUGAAACAAUGACCUCACUCGCGGUUGAGUGGCAUCCUUUUCUUUAUCUUCUUCUUUCUCCUCUCAUGCCUGUCCUGAUCUCCCCUAGAGAUCCACAAUUUUUGUAGUUGCGAUGAAUGUUAUUAAUGAUUCUACAGUGUCAUUAGCUCUAGACAUGGGUUUCUUCCCUUCAUUUUUGUGGUGGAUCUUUCUGUACUUGUACAUUGGAGGAAUCUGAUAUAUAUUUAGGGACCCCUCUUUGAGCGACAUAUUCACAACUUUAUGUAUGUCUUAACAUGGAUCCUCCUUCGUUGUAAUAUCUAUGCUCAUAGAAUGUUAUGUGGAUCA